AUGCUUGUCGACGAGGUGCCGCACAGCUUCAUGAAGAAGAAUUACAAUUACAGUCAUUGUCCGUUAAAGAAACGGCCGUUUUAUUACACAUCCGAGGAUGAAGAAGAAGUUCCCGAAGCGAUUAAAGAGGAAAUAAUUGAUGUCGGAGUAGAUGAUAUCCCUGAACCUGAGAACCUCAGUACGAAGCCCGAGGAUCUCAGCAGAACCGCGGAUCGUCAUCAUAGUCCUCAUCAACAGCAGCAGCAGCAGCAGCAACAACAACAGCAACAAGAGCAAGAAUCACAGGAUCGCGCGUCCAGCAGGAUGCCACCUCCGAUCUUUAAGACAUCUCCACCUUUGACGAUAGAACCGUCGUCGCCGACUCAACACGCGAUGCACUACGUCCACCAGUUACAUCACUAUCACCAUCACUAUCCGACCAAGACUAUCACGCCGCCAAAAGCGCGAGUCGAAGUGAUCCAGCAUAAUGACAAUUCCACGACGACACCGACGGCGGGUGUGACGGCGACGUCGACUCCGUUGCAUUUUAUGACGAGCAAGGCACCCCUGGAGCCGUUGAAUCUAAACCCUCCGGUAGAGCCGCUGGCUCAUUAUCCUACGCCAGCCUGGACUCGCACGGGUCCCCUGUAUCCGUCGCAUUAUCUGCCGUACGCCCCUCCUACCUAUCAUCGCUAUCCUGGAGCGGAAUUGUAUACGUCGUACCCGGUACCGGCGUAUCCGCACUCCUCUCCGGAACAUCAUUCCUCAGUUUCGCCACCGCCCCACGGCGCACUGACGUGCUCGACGAUCCAACGACCCAUCGCCAGGAGCUAUCCUCACUGGAGUAGCCCGGAUCAUUGUGGUUUGUCGCCUACGAGUUCCGUGGGUUCUGGUUCUCUACGAUCUCCGCCUCCCGUUACGCCGGAGGAUCUCUCUUCGCCCAGCAGUGAGAGUGGCAGGUCAUCCGCUGGCAGCACGUCCGCUGGGAGCAGCACGAUCGUGAAGAUAGAGAAAGGCGGCCCGAGUACCAGUGCCAAUACUUCCUCGAGCUCGACGUCGUCCAGGUACCCAUGCACAGACUGCAACAAAUCGUACUCGACAUUCUCCGGCUUGUCGAAGCACCAGCAGUUUCAUUGCGCGGCUGCUCAAGGCCAGGCGAAGAAGUCUUUCUCGUGCAAAUUCUGCCAGAAGGUAUACGUCAGUUUGGGCGCCCUGAAGAUGCACAUCCGAACGCACACGCUGCCCUGCAAGUGCCAUACAUGUGGCAAGGCAUUCUCCAGGCCAUGGUUGCUUCAGGGUCACAUCCGGACGCAUACCGGCGAGAAACCAUUUCGAUGUCAACACUGCAAUCGCGCAUUCGCCGACAGGAGCAACCUCAGGGCUCACCUGCAGACCCAUAGCGAUGUCAAAAAGUAUUCCUGCGACAGGUGUAGCAAGACAUUCAGCAGGAUGUCGUUGCUUACGAAGCAUCAGGAUGGCGGCUGUCCCGGCGUGCCGGUGUCAGUCGGAUAUUCUUGCUAA